AUGAAACAACCCACAGAAUAUUCCUGGACUGCACGAGUCACCGAUACACUUGUCAGUUAUUGGAAUGUAGUUCUCGUUCUCCUUGUGAUCUACUACUUCACUGCCACCGUCUUCAGCCGUGGCCUUCAUAGAAUCCCUGGGCCUUUCCUUCGAACAAUCUCCCCGAUACCGCGACUAUGGUCUGUGUAUAAGGGUUUCAGUCAUGAAGAUGAUUCCGCUUUGCAUGAGAGAUACGGACCAAUUGUUCGCCUGGGGCCUAACCUCGUCUCUAUAAACAGCGCAGAUGAGCUCAAUACCAUCUAUGGAGUUUCAGCCCUGUUUUACAAGUCUCGAUUCUAUUCUCUUGCCGAGGGAUAUGACGAAGAAGGGCUCAUUCCCGAUCCAUUCGUGACGACCGAUAAGCUCAUGCAUUCGAGACUCAGACGCGGUGCUGCAAAUGCAUACUCUCUAAACUCGAUGGUGCAACUGGAAGCAUACGUUGACCCCGUUACUGAGCGGUUGGCAAACAAAAUCCGGAAAGAAUAUGCGACAGGAAAGAAGACUGUUAAUCUCGGCAAGCUUGUGCAGCAGUACGCCAUGGACGCCAUAUGCGCAUUAACAUACGGCAAAGACCUGAACCACAUCGAAAAAGGAGACUACCUUGGGUUCUUCAAAACAAGCUUAAUCAUAAAUAGCUACAUGAGCAUUUUCGGCCAAAUCCCCUGGAUCCAUAGAUUUCUUCUCGGAAACUCGUUCAUAGCACCCUUCAUUCUCGGCCCCGAAAGUAAUGAAAAGAUCAUUCAGCUUGCCAAAGAAGAAAUAGCAGCGGAUGGUCUAAGGGGCGAAGGGAAAGACGAGUCACUAGACCAGCCCUCAACCUUUUUACAGCGCCUACUCUCUAAUCAAAGAACAAACCCUAAAUCAAUCAAUGAGCGUGAGAUAAUGGCACACUGCUUCAACAAUAUCGCUGCCGGCAGUGAUACGACGGCCAUCUCUAUACGGAGUAUACUAUUCAACACGUUGAAGCAUCCUCGCGUCCACCAGUUAUUAAAAAAUGAAAUCCGCGAGGCGUUCCCAGCGUCCGGACUGGGAUCAAAACUUAUAUCUUUUCGACAAGUCAGCAAGCUUCCUUACCUAGGGGCGGUGAUUAUGGAGGGAAUCCGGCUUCAUCCAUCAGUUGGCCUGAUGCUGGGUCGUGUUGUGCCUGAGCCUGGUGAAACCAUUUGCGGAUAUUUCCUAAAGCCCGGCGUGGAGGUUGGGAUAAAUCCUUGGCUUCUGCAACGCAAUUCGGAGGUCUUUCCGAAAUCAGACGACUUUUAUCCAGAUCGCUGGCUGCCUGAGAACACUUCCAAGGAGAGGCUUAUAUUAAUGAACAAAUGUUGGAUUCCGUUUGGCCACGGGGCACAUACUUGUAGUGGCAGGUGGAUUAGUUGGAUGAUGAUUCACAAAGUAAUUGCUACGCUCAUCCUGCUAUUUGAUAUGGACUUGGUGGAAGGCGGAAAAGAUUACACUUUUCGAAACUACUGGCUCACCCCACAGGAAGGACUAUAUAUAUCGCUAACGAGUACCUCUUCUUAG